CAAAAGUCGCUGAAGCUGACGACGUGGCUGAGGUACGCCUUAACCCCGUGUUUCAACCGACCGGCGCGAUUCAAACAGGGCAAACCGGCUUUGUUCAGAGAGUCCUGGACUUUAGCUACAUGCUUGAACAAGUCUCCCUGAAACUUUGAUACCACCACCGUUUGAACAAUGUCUGGGAAAAUCAAGAGUCGAAGUGCCGCGAAUGUAGAGUCGAUAUCUGGCGGUGUUUCCUGCGAUGAGCGCAUCUUACGGGAUUGUCAUCAGCUGUACACGGAGCCAGACAGUGGGUUGAUCACAGUGGCUGAAUCUGUUGGUGUGAAGCUGCUGCCACCCAGGAAAAAGAUCACUGUGAUGCUGAUGGGCAACCACUCUGCUGGAAAAAGCUCCUUCAUCAACUGGUAUGUGGAAGAGCACAUCCAGCGCACUGGAGUGGCUAUUGAGACUCAAGGCUUCAGUUUUGUUACAAGUGGACGCAAAAGAGAAUCUCUUACAGGAAAUGCCACUCUUCAUCUAUAUCCACACUUCAAGCCUCUGCAAGAGUUCAAAGGUGUUUCAGAGUACCUGAGCACAGAGAUCUGCACGUCACGUCAGAAACGGUUCAGCCUGGUGACAUUUGUGGAUUCACCAGGCCUGGUGGACGGUGACAUGAAGUAUCCCUUUGAUGUAGAUGAGGUUAUUCUGUGGCUGGGUGAUCUCUGUGACCUGAUUCUGGUCUUCUUCGACCCCAUGGGUCAGGCUCUGUGCAAGCGCACACUCAAUAUUGUGGAGAGUCUGAAUGAGAAACACGGGGAGCGGCUGCGUUUUUACCUGAGCAAGGCAGACGAGGCAGGGGGAGAGUCAGACAGACAGAGAGUAAUGAUGCAGAUUGUCCAGGAGCUCUGCAAGCGACCAGGACUCAACAAAUGUGGUUUUGACAUGCCCACCAUCUACAUUCCCAAUCCAAACAAGCCAAGUCGCUGCGUCAAUCAGAUCGAGGAGGUUUGUCGCACCAUCGAGAAAACUAUUAACCAAACUGUCCAGAAUACCCUCAACUCUCUAGAGAAGGACUGUGAGCUCAUUAGUGAGGCCAUCACCGAUAAGCUCAGUAAUGACAGGCAGACCAGCGUAGAGAACCGACGAGCGCGCUUCAAGAGCUGCCUCCUGACUCUGCUGGGCUUCAGCAUCCCAAUGGCUCUGAUGGCUUUACUGGUGCUGGGCGCUCUGUCCAGGGAGCUGCUGGAGGUGGCUCUGGGUCCCCAGGGCACGGAGACUCUCUCACUCUACAUGACUCCCAUAGCGAGAAUAUUUGAGUCCCUCUCAGUGGAGCAGCAGCUUUACAGCUGUGGUGCACUGGUCCUUCUCUCUUUCCUCUUGCUCAUCAUUGCACGCUUCUCCUUCAGGACUCGACCAACCCUGUCCAGCAAACAGAAACGGCAGCUGCAGGAGAAGCUGGAGUACGUUCAGGAGGUGGUCAAGACCAAAAAGAAAAAGCUCUAUGAAGAAUACCUCCGCCAGAGCGUCAGCGAUCAAGACAUGGAUUUGUAAAGAAAGAUGAGACGCACACAAAAGACUCAGCAACCCCACAGUGACGUAGGACCAAAAGAUUUUCCGAGGUCUCACACCAGCUUUCAUGUUACUCUGACCAUGCAAUGCUGUUUCUUUUUUUAAGUGUGUGGAUGUAAAUUACAGUUAUAAGCACGUUACAUUCGUAGAAACCCAUCUAAGUUCUGGUGCUUUGAAUACUGUAAAGCCUGUGCAACUGUUAGAUGAUAUUACCUCUGUAAAAACUGUUAAACCACACUACCUGCAGAUAAGUAGGCUUCUGCCUCAUUGCAGAUGAGCUUUUGUUACUGAUAACUUACUUGUGAGCAUUUAUAAACAUGUCCUCUGUGCCUCUGCUCCAUUCAAAGGAAUUCAGGCUUAUACCACUUUAAGAUAUUUAAAGAAUUGCUAACUAUUUAUAAUAUUACUUUAUUUUGGUUAAACGGCAUAUAGCACUGGUUUACACAAGUCACUUUGUAUGUGUUACUGAAGACUUUCACCAGCAUUUUAUACGGUACUGUUUCGGAUCAUGAAGUUACAGUUUUGGUCUUAAUUCACAAAUUUAUAUAAUCAAUGUCUGUGUUAUAAUAUGUAGAAUAUUCACUUAUCCACAAAACUCCUGCAAUUGAAGUAAAUAAUGAUUGUGAACCAGCAAUCAAACAUUUUAUCAGUGACCAACUUUUUGUACUUGUUCUACAUUGUGACUAUGUUUUAAUUUCAACUGAUUAAUAAAAAAAACUGUUCAUUA